ACGACGCGCGCCCCGGUCGGUCUGCGCGGCAGCCUCAACAUGGGGAACACGUGCUUCCUCUCGAGCAUAUUGCAGACGCUCGUCUCGACGGCACCGGUGGUGGAAUAUUUCUUGCGCGAAAACCACGCGCGGCGCGCGGGGGGAUGCGAGAUAGACGAUUGCGUGGCGUGCGCGUUCGACGAGUACGUGAGCAAGGCGUACGACGACGCGCGGGUGGCGACGUCGAGCGCGCCUUCGACGGCUUCGACGGCGCUCGUGGCGGGCGAGUUGUUGUACGCGUGGUGGGUGAACGAACCAUCGAUGGCGAAGGAGCAGCAACAGGACGCGCACGAAUUUUUUCUCAGCUUUUUAUCCGUGGCGCACGCGAACGUGUUGGGGAGGUCGAUACGACCACGCAAGAAACGCGCCGAGGACGCGGCGACGUGUGAAUGCGUCUUUCACACCGCAUUCGCGGGCGUAUUGCGAUCAGAUAUCGCGUGUGCGUCGUGCGGCGCUUCGACGACGACGCGCGAGGCGACGACGGGCGUUUCGCUCGACGUGCCUCCGGCGACGAAAUCGUCGCGAGUGAGCCUGAUGGAGUGCUUGAGCAAUUUCACCGCCAUGGAGACGAUCGAAAACACGUCGCGUCGAGUGUGCUCGGCGUGCGCGGUCGUCAGCGAAUCGCACGGCAAGCAGACCCGCUUUGAACGCGUUCCGAAAAUCUUAAAUUUUCACUUCAAGCGCUUCGAGGGCGACUUCAAGUCGAUGCGCAAGAACGACAUUCACGUCGACUUCCCGUUCGACCUGGACAUGUCGCCUUAUCACGCGCAUGAUUGCAAGGAAACCAACCACGACGCCGCGUACGAGUUGUACAGCGUCGUCCAACACAGCGGAGUCCUCGAAGGUGGACAUUACGUGGCGUACGUGAGGCGAGACGGUGCCUGGUUCCUGUGUGACGACGCUGUCGUGCGCGAGGCCGAUGAGAACGAGGUGAAAUCAUCGCAGGCGUUCAUGUUGUUCUAU